AUGAGCAGGGAUGACUGUGAUUAUGAAGCUCAGAACCAAGACAAAGAUGUUGCUAUUCUUAUGGCUGGCAAUCCGUCUGUCCGCUCCUGUUCGGAUGCUUUUGGUUCUAUUUCGAAUAGCGUCUAUAACUUGUCGCGCUUUCUAAGUGCUAAGCGUCCGGAAGGUCAAGUUGUGAUUUAUGCAAGUAGUUCUAGUGUGUACGGUGACACUACUGGUAUGGUCAAUGAGGAGUACAGCGAAUACAAGGGCCAUAACUAUUAUGAUAUCUGCAAGAAGUCUAUGGAUCUGGUAGCCCAGUAUUAUAUCAGCCAUAGAGGCUCUAAGGACAAGAUUUAUGGUGUCCGUAUGGGAACUGUGUGCGGAUGGUCGCUGAAUCUUCGCAGUGACGUUAUGGUGAAUGCUAUGGCAUAUUCCGCUCUCACUCGUAAGAAGGUUGGUAUCUUUGUGGAGCAUGUGCAUCGACCAGUGUUGGCUCUUGAAGAUCUUUGCCGAGCUGUUGAAGCUCUUAUUGAGCACCGUCCGGAACCUGGUCUCUAUAACCUCGCCAGUGUUCAACAUACAGUUUAUGAAUUUGGUAAGAAGGUGUCUGACUUCUUCAACGUCCCUCUCGUACGUGAGCAGUUGGUUCCGGGUACUCAAGGCAACGAGAAGUUCACUAAGACGACUUACGACUUCUGCGUUUCGACUGACAAGUUCCUCAAAGCCAUCCCUUCGUUCAAGUUUGUUGCCACCGCUGAGAGCAUCUGCCAGGAAAUCAGAGAUAACUGGGAAGACAUUGUCUUAGCUAGACCCCGGCUUGCUGAUCGAUACACUGAAAUUAGAACUGCCAAGGCCUUUGAGUGUACUGAGAUCACUGAAUGCCGUUGCUGUGGUCAGUCUGGUCUGAAACUGGUACUCGACUUGGGUAGGCAGCCGCCUGCUAACAGCUUCCAUCCUGUGAUGUAG